CUCAUACAGAAUAACAUAUAACAUUCCUACCCCUUGGCAGCUCAUACAGAAUAAGGCAUAUAACAUUCUUACCCCUCCCAAGCUUACACAGAAUAACACAUGUAACAUUCCUACCCCUCGGCAGCUCACACAGAAUAACACAUAUAACAUUCCUACCCCUCGGCAGCUCAUACAGAAUAACAUAUAUAACAUUCCUACCCCUCGGCAGCUCAUACAGAAUAAGGCAUAUAACAUUCUUACCCCUCCCAAGCUUACACAGAAUAACACAUAUAACAUUCCUACCCCUCGGCAGCUCAUACAGAAUGACACAUAUAACAUUCCUACCCCUCGGCAGCUCAUACAGAAUAACAUAUAUAACAUUCCUACCCCUUGGCAGCUCAUACAGAAUAAGGCAUAUAACAUUCUUACCCCUCCCAAGCUUACACAGAAUAACACAUAUAACAUUCCUACCCCUCGGCAGCUCAUACAGAAUAAGACAUAUAACAUUCUUACCCCUCGGCAGCUCAUACAGAAUAACACAUAUAACAUUCCUACCCCUCGGCAGCUCAUACAGAAUAACACAUAUAAUAUUCCUACCCCUCUGCAGCUCAUACAGAAUAACACAUAUAACAUUCCUACCCCUCGGCAGCUCAUACAGAAUAACAUAUAUAACAUUCCUACCCCUCGGCAGCUCAUACAGAAUAACACAUACAACAUUCCUACCCCUCGGCAGCUCAUACAGAAUAACACAUAUAAUAUUCCUACCCCUCUGCAGCUCAUACAGAAUAACACAUAUAGCAUUCCUACCCCUCGGCAGCUCAUACAGAAUAACACAUAUAGCAUUCCUACCCCUCGGCAGCUCAUACAGAAUAACACAUAUAACAUUCCUACCCCUCUGCAGCUCAUACAGAAUAACACAUAUAACAUUCCUACCCCUCGGCAGCUCAUACAGAAUAACACAUAUAACAUUCCUACCCCUCGGCAGCUCAUACAGAAUAACACAUAUAACAUUCCUACCCCUCGGCAGCUCAUACAGAAUAACACAUAUAACAUUCCUACCCCUCGGCAGCUCAUACAGAAUAACACAUACAACAUUCCUACCCCUCGGCAGCUCAUACAGAAUAACACAUAUAAUAUUCCUACCCCUCGGCAGCUCAUACAGAAUAACACAUAUAACAUUCCUACCCCUCGGCAGCUCAUACAGAAUAACACAUAUAACAUUCCUACCCCUCGGCAGCUCAUACAGAAUAACACAUAUAGCAUUCUUACCCCUCGGCAGCUCAUACAGAAUAACAUGCAUGCAGCUCAUUCCUUAUAUUACAUUAAUUAA